AUGUCUAUGGAUGACUUCUGGCAGAAGGUUAUUAAGGUACUUUCAGGCUCUGAAAAAGAAAGAAAAGAUGCUAUAGAUGAGUUAGUGGUCCCUCCAGCUGAAGAAUGGCAGAAACAAGUUGAGGAUUGAAGAAAUGAAAUUCUUAAAGGGAGGAAAAAAUUCCUUUUGGAUUAUUCAUUAGAGCAAAGAAAUGCUAUAUUCUUCUGCAGUGCAGCAGCAGUUUUUCUAUUUUCAGGGGGAAUAUUUAGGAGAUUUAGGAAAACGAUAAGCUUUAGCAUUAUUGGAGGAAUUUUUAUUGUGCCUGAGCAUUUUAGGCCUUAUAUUUAA